GCGUGGGAGGACCGACGACGCGACGGAUAUAUGUCAAACGCCAGCUCGUGUCUAUCCUUCGCCCGUCCCCGCCUCCUCGCUCCCACCUCUUCACUCAGCGCUCCAACUUCCCCAACCCGCGACCUCGAAACCACCCCGAACCCCAUAUCCCGCCCGCCUCCCGACUCCCGACCCCCAAAGAUAAAGCAUCAGAACCCCCGGCUGGCCGUGCCCGCGCGCAUGGCGCCCGCAUCACGCCCACUCCCACUCCCGACCCCCUCUCCCUUCUCCCCAGCCAGCCGACCGGCGGCACACCCUUGCCUCGUUGUCUACAUAAGAAAAGAAUCAAGGCCUCCAAUGCGCCCUGCCCUCCUCAUCACACGCGCCUGCGAGUCACCCGGGUCGCCUGAAAGCCGCCUCGGGAACAGUAGGGUACGAAGAAUCAUCCGCGGCGCAAAGCGUGAGGAAGUCGGCGUGAGGAAGUCGGCAGGCAGGCAGGCUAGUCAAUCAGCGCCGCGAACGUGCCGCCCUCACGCACGGCGCGAACACAGGAAUGGCAUGCACAUGUGUGGUAUGUGUAUGCGUGCGUGCGUGCGUGCAUGCAUGUGUAUCUGUGUGUAUGCGUAUGUGCGCUCCGGGACAAACACAAGUGCGGUGUGUGUGGGUCAACAAAACAAUAAACGACGCGCUCGGGCGCGGAACCAAGGACGCGCUGCGGAGAGCGAAGCGAGCAAGCGGAAGAGCAGGGGCAGGGGCAGGGGCAAGGCAAGACAAGACGGGGCGCGAGGCUGGGCAUGUGGCAAGACAGGGCGCGACGAUGCAACAUAGACGCGCGGAGGGCGGGGAGGACGGGAGACGGGAGCGUCAAGACGGGGGCAAAGGCAGGGAACCGAGUGAGAAGGCGGCGGCGUCGGGCGCGUCGGGCGCACAACACCGCUGCCACGUGUGUCCGCUGAGAGGUUGCGAGACUGCGAGACUGCGAGCGGGCGUGCGAGUGUGAGAGAAGAAGGCGAAAAGAGGCAGAGGCAGAGGCAGAGGCGGAGGCAGCAGCAGGCUGGCUGGCCGGGCGCCAGACUCAAGGCACGCCGCCAGGCUCCCACGGGAGAUCGACGACGCCGAACACAUAUGCGCCGUCCGCCCCCAGCGAGCACGCGCCCCGCCGCUCCUCCUCGACGACGUUAUACGGCCCAGCGUCGACCGAGCCAGAGCCAGAGCCAGAGGCGGAGGCGCUGGCAG